AAUUUUAUGUGGAACGUAGCAGCAUCACACCACCCACGCAACAGAAAACAGAGAGGCGCGCACUGCUGUCACUGGGACGCUAGUGACCCAUGCCAUGAGGCCUGGAGCCGAGUACCCCAUGGCCCACGGCCCCGCGGCGGCGGCGCCGCGCUCGACGUGGCAGACGCCGGUGCCGUACCUCUUCGGCGGGCUCGCGACGAUGCUGGCCCUCAUCGCGCUCUCGCUCCUCACCCUGGCCUGCUCCUACUGGAAGCUCUCCGGCGGCCUCGCCGGCCCGGACGAGGACCAACCCGCGGGCCCCGACGGCGAGAAGGGCUCGGCCGCCGGGCCCGCGAGGGAGUGGCUGGGGCACGUGGUGGUCAUCAUGGCCGGCGACGAGCAGCCGAGUUUCCUGGCCACGCCGGCGUCGAUGACGAGCCGCGCCGCGGACGGCGGCGCCGAGACGGCGGCCGGCGCCACGGCGUGCUGCGCCGCGUGCAGGUCAGAGGAGAGGAAGAUAGCGGAUGCGCGCGAGGCCGGCGCGCGGCCAGCCGGCUCCGAAGACGACGCGCAGAGGCAGAGCCCGAGUGAGCUGGCUAGCAGUAGCACUAGUAGCUCUGUAAUUAGCAGCUAGCGAGAUGGUGCAAUUUACAUGGAAGGUCUUUUUUUUUCUAUGGAUUUCUUUCUGUAGUUUUCUUCUGCGGGGAUCUUGUGCUGUACAAUUCAGUAGCUCUAAAUUUUACACUGUGGCGAUUAUUCAAGAUACGUCGUUUAGACAUUUUGAUCG